UGCAGCACUUGCGCACUGCUUUUACGCUCCGCUCACCUCUCCGCGUAGUAAAGCAUCUCCACGCCGCCGCUCCGUCACCAGCAGCCGGACAGCCGGUGUUCUGCUGCAGUGGCCAAGUUCAGGUGAGCCUCGUCUCCGCCACAACAAGUCCCCUCUCCGGUACCGACCGGGAUGGUUGCUCCCUCCUGUUAAAAGGGAUGUUAUAAAUGGGCCGCGCAGGAUGUGAAGCCUCGCCAGAAGAAGCAGGAGGAUGGUUAAACCAGGCUUGUCUGCGGCGGUGCUGCUGCUCCUGCUGGGCUUCCUCUCCGUGUCCUCCGUUAAUGCCGACACGCUGCUGUCAGCUCCGCUCAAUGUGACCAUCAGAGAGAUUGAAGUCAACUCUGCCGUGGUCACGUGGGAAAUCCUGGAAGGAGACCCGGUCAUUGGAUUCGCCAUCACCCAACAGAAGAAGGAUGUACGCAUGCUGAGGUUCAUCCAGGAGGUGAACACCACCACGCGCUCAUGUGCAUUGUGGGAUCUGGAUGAGGACACAGAGUACAUUGUUCACGUUCAGAGUAUCAGUAUGGGAGGCAGCAGCCCCCCCAGUGAGCCGAUCCUCUUCAGAACGCCCAAAGAGUCGGAGAAGCUGGCAUCCAAGAGUCCAGACGAGGUGACGAUGGAGGAGGUUGGUCAGGCUGCCCAGCUGAGGGCUGGAGAACUCAUCAUCAUUGUAGUGGUGCUCAUCAUGUGGGCAGGGGUGAUCGCCCUGUUUUGUCGUCAGUAUGACAUCAUCAAAGACAACGAGCCCAACAACAACAAGGACAAAGCCAAGAACUCCUCAGAGUGCAGUACUCCUGAGCACCCACAGGGGGGGCUACUGCGCAGCAAUGUCUAAGACCAGCCCUGAAUUGCCUUCUGCAAUAACCAACUCCUCCAACCUCAGGACAGACCCUGAGGCCAACAGAAAGCCAUUCUCAGAAAUCAUCGUACUGAAGAACAGAUUAACCAUUACAGAAACUCUCCUUGACACAAUGAAGAACUUUUAAAAACAAUGGACACAAAUAUGAACUUGCAGAAUCAAAGUCUGCAAACAGUCAAACAGGAAACAUUCACCUUUGUUGUGACCAAAACUGGACUGUAGCAUAUUUUUUGUGGACUGCCGAUAACGACACAAGACAUAAAAUGGCUGUCGGUGAAAGCACUGGAGGGGACAUAAUUUAUUCUUGACAAGAACUGCUUGAUUCAUUCGUUCUGGUUACUUUUCAUCAGUGGCAUGGAAUCCCAGGAGUGGAUCAUCAAACAUGAAUGUCUGUUGUCGUUCUUUUUUCUAGGUUUGUACCACUGGUCAGACAUGGCAGUAAUGUAGGUGGGCUCUCAAGAACAGCUGGUCUCAAGGUCCAGUUAUCAGUCAGUGCACAACAAAACAAGCUGAGCUCUGUUUUAAAACCAAGGACUUUCUCUUUUUCUAUCUCCCCAUCUGUCAUUCCUUCAUUCCUGACUUUAUUAUAGUCCUUUGAGUAGCAGCUUAUCUCUCUCCCUGUCUUUCCGUGUCGGUGUCUCUCUAAUAAGCACAUUGCCAUUUGGUGCUCCUCCUAUUGUGAUUGUUUGAACCCUCACAAUCUCAAUCCUGAUUACGGUGUCAUUUUAUUAUUGGGUCAGAAAUAUUGCACAUUGAGUCUUGUCUCCUGCCAUUGACUCUCUCUCUCUUUGUCUCCCUUUCUGUCAUCAGUUAAAUGAUGCACCUGUUUUUCUCUCUCCUCUCUGAACUGGAACCUGAGUGCCCUUGUCAGUUCGGGGAUAAAAUCUGACACGGUUUUUACAGCACCCCAUAUUUUCCGUAUAUGAGUUGGAUGACGCUGUCUGAGUACAACCAUGAUUCAGACAAAGUUCAAGGAUUGACCAGGCAAUCUCUCAUCAAAGCAGUGUCUCACUCCACACAAAAAAGUAAAGCAACUUCCAAGUCUGAAAUCCAGAAGUUCACUUCUACAUCAAACUUUUAAAAGACCGGGAUGUCUGGAAAAUGACUCAUUUAAGUUCAUAUUGAGGUUUAUUGUUCGUCACUGCAUAUUCAGCACCAUAUGCUGUCUGCGGUCUGCAGCAGGAUGUGCAGGGAAUAGGGAUGGAGAUAUGCAGGGCAUUAUUCCUAAUGAAAUGUAUACAGUGGGUAAAGUUUGGCAGGGUUUCCACUCUGGUUUGGCUUAAGACCAGCACGGAUGCAAAGCUGCAGAAACAAACAGAUUAUGCACUCAGCUGUGUGGCUAAACUUAGUUGUGUGGCUGUUUUGAAACGUAAACCAUUGCAAACCAUUUUUUCUCAAACCCCAUUUGCAACUAUCUGACUACUAAGUGAACAGACAGUAAUGGGAUACAGCAAAAAUCCAUAAAACCCAGGUUUAAAUGCAUAAAAGACUGCAAAUUUGAUCACCCAAACCGCCAGGAACUUUCACGGACUGCUAGUUCUAUGAAAUGUUACAUGAACAUGUAUCAUAUGUUCAAAAAGAACCCGUCAUAAACAUAAUCCAAAUACAGUGUGUGGUAAAGUAUAAAAAUUGAAAUCUUAAAAAUAUGGUGUCUUCCUACAUUCAACACAGUCUGGCAGUCCUUCAGUCCAUCAGUGCAAAUACCUAGCGAAGGUCUAAUAAUGAAAAAUAGUAUUAUUUUAGGUGGACCAUCCAAUUAAAGGGUUAACUCUAAUGCUUCAGGCAGAUCCAGAGAUAUGUGAUGCUUGUCAAGAUGCCAGUGUAGGGGUCAGUCAUUUGGAGGGCCUCAGAGCAAGAUUUGAUUUUGAUAAUCAUUUCAGUGCUGUAAAAAAAGUCUAAAGCUUUGCUGGUGAGAGCUUCAGAAGUGUAAGGAUGUGCCUGCUUCUUUGUUUCAUAUCACACCUUUAGUACAUUUUUUACGUAAGCAAUUUGAAUACAUCACUUUGCAUUCUGAUAACUGUGACACUUCAAUUAAAUUUGACAUUUAAUAGACAAAAUGACUAAUUGAUUAAAAGCUGGUGAUGUUCUAUAUUUUUCUGUCAAAAAAUCCCAUGAAAAGACCAAAACAACUUUGGGUACAUAAACCUGUGUAGUGUACCCAAAUCCUGAGAAUAUCUUAUUUCUCUGUGCCAUAGAGCUCCAUUGUUGUCCAAAAGCUAUUAAAAACACAUCAGUGAGUCACACUAUUGACAUGAUCCUUCACUACAAUUCUACAUAAACUGUCCUGCUGCUGUAUAUACUCAUUAAAGCAAUGUGUACUAAUCCACAGUUGUAAAUAGUCCCCGACAAAGGCACUAUUUACUCCUGCUGGAGUCACGCUUGCUAAAAACUACAGUGCCCGGGAAAUUAAACUGUACAUUUGUGAGCUGUUUUUAAAGAUUACUUACUACUAGGAGAUGAAUGGGCUUAGGGCUGAGUGCAACAGACAGGCACGGGAAGUUGGAAAGUAUUGAGAGAUGGAUAACAACCUAGUCCUUUAAAGCAGAAACAUAUAUAUAUAGAUUAAUCAAUGAGGAUAAUCACUGUUAUUUGCAACCCUAGUUCUUAAGCAGGCUUCAACAUUCUGUCAUUAAAGGAGAAAUCAUAGCAUAUCUCUCACUUUUUCAGUUACCUCUUCAUCACUAGUUUUAUGUGAAGAAGCAAAGGACUUCAUCAGAGUCAUACAGCUAAAGAUAAAGCUUCAUUAUCUUGUUUUGGGCUCCCUGUUCAAUUAUGAUGUGUUAUCCACAUAAUUGCAAAUAUAUUGGACCCCGGCCCCUGGAUACUGACGCUCACCAGUUGAGUUCAAUAAAAAAGUCAGACAGAAAAACGCUGCGAAGCUGAACUCAGCAGAGUUGCAGCCAUAUUAGCGAUAAUGAGUGAAUGUCUGAAUGCCUCGCUGGUUGAGAUGACUGCUAAUCAGCACCACAUACACACAUUCACACACACUGGAUUUAAAUACUGCCUUCCGUAUUUAAAUACUGCUCUGUGCUGAGAGAGACAGCCAUUACUUUCUCAUCUCAAUCAUCUGUUCUGUCAGCACACCGAACCCACACCCUGCCAUCCAUUUAUCUGCCUCUCUCUUUCCUCCUCUAUCUACAGCCACCCUCAUCCGCCUUCAUUCUCCUAUAUAUGAAUUUCCCCUCAUUUUCUAUCUCUCUGUCGUAAUGCUCUCUUCCUCAUAUAUCACUCCACCCAUCCUAGUUUCUCCUCUACAACAGUCUUGUCCUCACUUCUCUUCCCCCCCAGCUUCCCUCUCCCCUGUUUCUCAUUAUAUCCACUCUCAGAGUCCCGUUAGCCGCCUUCUCCCUCUCUGCAUCAGCUCUCCUCUCUCUCAUUCGUUCCUGGCCCACUGCCUAUCCCUCGCUCCUCUGCUCAUUUAUCACUUUUUCGUCUCAGACUGGCCUGGAUGGACACUUUACCUAGUAAACAAGUAAGGUGAAAUAGACUAGAGGGAGGAAGAGAAUGAAAGAAUCAGGGAAAGAGGAGAACUGAAAACACUCUUCUACUCUAAUAAUAAGCACAUAUUGUAUGUAAAGGUUGGAUUUUAAAAGUGCUUUUAGCAAAAGCAUGGGAACAAGAUUUGUAAGAUGUAACAAGGACACUUAAUUGUUCACUAAAGCUCUCCCCAGAACAGUGACUGCUUAUGUGGAUGGGGUUGAAGUGAGAGCAAUACUUGGCAUUUAAAGAGUUUCUUUUACCCUUUCCAAGAUCAAAAACACAAGAGCAAAAGUGUAAGGAAUGGAUUUAAAAGUGUGUUUGUCUGUUAGCACUUACUACAGUAGUACCUGAAUGUUACUUCCAAGCAUCAUUGACUAACAAGGUUAUAUUAUUUUUUGACAAGCCCCGUUCACAACUAGCAUCCAUUGCGUGGUAUGUCCUGGUUGGUAUCAGAGUUUAAGCUAACGUUAGCAGCUCUGUUUUGCUCUUUAUUGGGUUUGGGAAAGUUUACACUCCAGCAACUCCAGCUAUCAUUACCUGAGACAGUGUUACAUUUGCCUAACAAUUUGUUAGUCCUCAUCAUAAAAUCAUUUUCUACUGUUUGAAAAUAAGUAUGUAAACUAUGCAGCCAAAUUGGGUUAAAAUAGUAUGGGCUUACAUUUUUUCUUAUCAUACCAUAUAAUACUAGGAGCUGUAAUAUGACUUAAAUAAAUGACCUUUCAGCGUCAGUCUUUUAGCAAGAUAUCAUGUAAGCAGCCGUCAAGUGCAUAUUUAAGAGCUUUUAAAACAAGUCAACUUGAAACACAGUCAGAUGGCGACAGUGGUCAUGGAGCUACCAUUAGCCUAAUUAGCAAGCUAGCUAUGGCUGAUAAAUUCUAGCAACGCAAUAGGUUUCAUUUUAGCCACCAAAAUCAACAAUCACUGGCUUCCGUCUAUCUCCGAAAUUAAGGACCUAUUGUUACACAUCUUAAGAAUUUCAAUGGUAAAUCUGCUACUGUUUUGUAAACUGUGUAACUGCAGUUUGACAGGCGUAAAAGGAUUGCUGCUUAGUGAGGGGUCAAUUGGAAAUGAAAAUCUUACCUUCGCUGACCUCCAAUAGUUUAACUUCUCAUAUUGUUGCAAUGAUGUACUACAAGUGUAGUUCUAGGUGCAACAAAGCACAAGGAUGAAACAGGCAAUAAACUUUCAGCCACAGAGGACAGUGAAACACUGCUUUUCAGCCUGGUAUUAAGCUACUCAUUAAUGUAGCUUAAUGAAAAAGAAAAUUACAAAUUCAUUCACAUGCCAACCAUGGGUGUAAAACAUGAAUAAGUGACUCCUCAGUUGUGUUAUUAACUCAAGAUGGCUGCAGUGCGAAACCAUCUGACAUUGAGAAAGAAAGUACCUGCAUACAAACAAAGAGAAACUAAAAGAGCAGACGUGUAAUUAUUGAAGAUAGGAUACUUGAGGUGAUGACAGAAGUGGGGCAUCAUGACCGGCGUGUAGAACACAGCAGAAUUAAAGAACAAGUGUGUACGACAAAGUAGACGCUGGGGAUUUGAAUGUCAAGCUUUUUUUCAAGGGUAGUGUAGCUCAGUAGCGUCUGAGGGAGCCUGUUGGAAGCUGAAAUCAGAGUGGCUGUUGUUGCUCCAUCUGCACAGAUGGACCAGGUGAAAGAUUGCAAUCAGCAAAUUUUGAAGUAUUUUCAAACUGCACCUCCUCUUGUUUCCUGUUUGCCAUCAUGUCUUUAGUUUCCUUGUGUCAUGAACAGGACAUGGACCAGAUUCUCAAUGCAUGAAGACACUCUUGUGUACUCACUGAUGUAUAGACUUACAUAUACAUAUACUCCACUUUCCAUUCUUCAUCUCAAUUAUUUAUAGCAGUUACACAAAGUAGCCUGCUGCUGUUUUCUUACUCAAAUGUUGGCUCUUUGAAGGAACGGUCCUGCAUUUUUGGGAAUGCGCUUGUUUGCCGUCAAAUCCAAUCAGAUGUGAAUGAGGCUAGCAGUUUCCGUUUGCAUUCGUUUGUCUUUGUGCUAAGCUAGGAUAGCCUGGUACUGGACCUCUGAAUCACCGCCCACAACUCUGAUUUGUUCAGCAGUUCAAAUAAGUCUGGUGCUGUGCCAAAUGACAGUUGUUUCGACCAAUCAGAGUUUUGUAGGCAGAAUGGGGACAAAGCCUUUCUACAUGGCUAACUAGCUAUCUUUCUACAUCCAAAAAAAUGAGCAACAGCAAGAUGGAGACAAGUGUGAAUUGCGUAGCUGUACAAGUUGUUCUAAGUUGACUUGCAGAAAUAGCAACUCUUAAAUAAGCAUAUUUUUUCAAACCUAAUAAAUGACAUCAGGUUAACCACUCCUAGCAACUGCUACUACAACCUUCGUGUUGACUGAAGUGACAUCAGGCCGACGGAUACGUCACUAACAAAUUAACAGACUAGCAAAAUGUUCCCCCUAACUAACAAAAAGUAGAGGCUGACAUUUUUUCAGGAAUGCUGUGGGUCAUGGGAUUCCUGUGGGAUUCCCACGGGAUGGGAGUCAAAUUCACUAUUCAUCACAUGACUAGGGAAAAAAAGUCAAUGGAAGCAGGUGGGACAGGAAUCAUAUUAAUAAUAGGUCAGUUUUUAUAUUUAAAUAUGCAGUUCUAAUAUGAAUAAACGCUAUUUUCUUUAUUUUGAACAUAAUGCUAGUUGUUCUGUUUUCUUUUUUUAUUCUUUUUUAUUCUCUCCUGUCUGCUCUGGUGGCUGGUUGCUGUUUGGUUGCAGCUAGAGGCUUAUUAAACUUUUACAGGAAUGCUGUUGCUCACAGGAUUCCUGUGGGAUUCCCGUGGGAACUGGAUGGGAUGAGAGUCAUUCUUCCGGGAUUGGGAUGGGACAGGAAUUUUUUUUUACUCUGUAUUUUUGUGGGAAGGGACAGGAGUGAAAAUUCACUCCCAUGUCACCAUCUAGUUGGAAGGGGUAUAUUUUGUUAAGUCAUUAGCAAGGCUAAUCAGGCUAAGGCUAACAUUUUCCAGACCUUAUUUUUGUUUUGAAGGUGUUCUGAGAUGAUAUUGAUUGCUGAACCUUUUUUCAACUGACUCACUACGCUCACAGAAACUGGAAGUUGCAUCCUCACUUGCCUUCAGAAAUCAGAGUAACGCUGCUCUCACUCUCUUGUGAUUGAUCAAAGGAAACAAUCACUAUUGAUGUUGUAGCUCUAUCAUUUAGCCACACAAAUGAGAAAGUGAACUGUUCUAAAUUUCUCUUUUCUAAAUUGGGUAAACAUCAUCUGGAUCACUGAACAUUAAUCUGAUAUAGUAGGUGAUAAAAGUACGAAUGUGCUUUGUAACUGUAAUACUAUUGAACUUGAAGUGGUCAUUUUCCUAUAUCAGUCUCCGGUUUCAGUUUCCAGGCACACACACACACACACACACACACACUCACUCACGCACCAGAGUCCAUUCUCCGUCUGGCUGCCGUCCAAACUGACACAUUGGGGAAGCAGCAGAAGGCAGGUCUGGCCCAGACAGCUCUGUCUCUGUCUAUCUGAGGCUGCAGGAGGCGACUCAACAGCUGCUCAAGGUGAACAUCCAAUGAGGCAUGUGUGAAUAUGGAGCCUGGGCUGGAGACUCAGAUCAGGAGAGAGACGUGAAGACAGACAGAGAGAGAGAGCGAGGGGAAGAUGAGUCAGAGAUUUGGAGGGAAUAAAAUCGAGAGUGACAGACACAGAGGGAGAGAGAAGAUUAUUACACCCAGUGGGGUUUGCAGUGUCAAGUCCAGUCCAGUAUAAUGUGAUGUUUGAAUGUUAACGGGGGUGUCAGCUCGCUGUGGCACAGCCUAGGUCCCAAUUUGAACUUUAGGGUUCAUUGUCUGAGCAAAUAUGGAAGGAAUAUUGACAGAAAUGUAUUUGGAAACCAUAACAAAAACUUGAGUAUCACAAUGGCCAAAUAAUACCUGAUCAAUCAUCAAUCAUUGCUCCACUUUGUUCCGAUGCAGGUACUGGUAGCAAAUUGUAUUUACUGCAGGGAACUUCACCAUAAGAUAUAGGUUUUAAAUCAAUGGAUACACCUGGAUUUUGCCAAUAAGUGAUUGCUUGCUUUCAUAAUCUCUCCAAAGUAAGAUUACUGUUUGUAUGAAUGUUUUAAGCCCUCAGUAGUAAUAAAACUAUAAGAUUUAAGUAAUCUCAAUAUAGUAAAUAUUCCAUUAGAGCAGUUUGCCCCAUUACAACACCAUGAGCUUCUUAAUAACCCCGGCCUUAAACCAAACUCCUGCUUCCCUAAUAUUCAUGUGCCAAUGGAAGGCUACAACAUGGUUGAAGUUACCCCAUUCCCACUGGUUUGCCUUUAGGCUACUCUACAUGACUGGAUGAGUGAAUAUCGAGAACUUUGAAUAAUCACCCUAUGGCCCUACACAUAGUAAAGAAUGGGGCCGUUUACCUAUGACAUAUAUAUUUGUACUUUAUGUCGAAGCAAAUAACCAAGAAGCAUGGAUUUACAGCAGAAUAAUGGAGUCAGUGUUUUAUGUACAAUCAUGAUGUCUGUGUUGAAACAUUUUGAUGUUCAUGGGAUAAAACCUGUUCAUGAGGGCUAGCAUGACUCUGCUAUUGUUCACACCUAUGGUAUAUAUAUACUAUUUCUAUGAAAAUGUAAAUGUCUAAUUAUGUAUUAACACAGAAAAGAAAUAAAAUAUUUUCAAUGCACCGUU